CUUCCAUUAUUCAUUUUUAUUGCUUGUUCUGUUUUUCUUCAAUUUGCAUGAGUGGAUAUAGAUCUAGAGGGUUCCAUGAACUUGCUACGAACUAAGUAUGAUCGAGUCGAACUAUUUGGAUCUACCAUAUACAUGCAGACCUAUUCACAAUAUAAACCUCUCAAUUCAAUUUAAUGGUAACCUUUGUUUGAAUCUGUACGUUUACUGAUGUGAUGGUGCUAAUUAAGAUGGAGGAUAUCUGCAAAGGAGGAUAUCUGCAAAGGAGGAUGUCUGCGCAUUAUGCAUUUUAAAUUUGCCACUUCAUGUAGAACAUAUAAGGGAGAUGGGAGACAAAAGUGAUCUUUAUGAUUAGGUAAUAUUGGCGCAGGUUCCCAAUUCAAUACAGAUUUCACUCUGCUCAAGGAAAAGAAACAAAAUGGUCUUUAUAAUAUAUUGACAGCUAAAUAGCCUUAUAGGUAAAAGUGGUCACUAUACACCUGAUAGUGGCCUGUACUGCUACUGAAGAAGAAGAAGCAGGUUUGACUGUAUAUAGCAAUCCAGGUUUUUUCAAAAUGAUCCUAAAACUCGAAUCAGAGACUUCAUCUUUGCAUGUUUCAAACACUACUUACAAUACAUAAAUUUGAAAAUUAAUUACCGGUAGACCAUUUUAAUUGCCUAGAUUCUUCAAACAUGACUACAAACGUAACAGAGUCACUAUCCCAGGGUUGUGAUCCAUGCAUCAAUUUCGGAUUGUGGUGCAAUACAGUUGCUAAGUAUGAGCAUGAGUCACACACACUUUACACACACACGAUAUCUACUAGAUGCAAUGCAUUAUGAGAAUGGGAGUGUGUGUGUGUGUGUGUAAUGAUAAUUCUACUGUUGACAUGCUUGCAUCAGUGAACGAGCAGGUACAAUAUGUUGGCAUAUAUGUGCUACAGUUGGUAGAUUUUCUUUGAAUUAUACACUUUAAAACAGAAAGUUAAACAGUGAUCAUCAGCAAAAUAUUCACCAUGGACUUUGGUAGCAAGUAUGUGUUUGUGAAACGAGAAGAGGAGGAGGAGGAAGAGGUCUUGGAUGAUGCAGAAGUAUCUACCGGUCUUGACAACCUCAAAGUGGAGAUCCAAGCAGACAGCUCAGAAGAUGGAGAGCCAUGCAUGAUUGAUUUGUUGGAUACUGCUGGUCAGGAGGAGUACUCAGCUCUUCGGGAUCAGUACAUGAGGACCUGUCAGGGGUUGGCUAUUGUGUAUUCCAUCACGGAUUUGGCGUCGUUUGAGGAGGCUAUCAAGAUUUAUCAAUUUGGACUCAGCAUCAAAGGAGAAGACCAUAUCCCAGCAGUACUGAUUGGGAAUAAAAAUGAUCUUGAGAGCGAGAGGAAAGUGAGUGCUGAGAAGGGCAAAGAAGCAGCCAGAAAGUACAACAUGGUGUUCUACGAGACUUCAGCUAAAACGGGACAUAACGUCCAGGAAAGCUUAAAGGCCCUUGUCAGAGAGACACCCCGAUAUGGCAGCAGAUACAAGUUUGUUGUGGUUGGAGGAGGUGGGGUAGGAAAGUCCUCCAUCACUGUUCGCUUCGUGCAAGACAUCUUUGUGGAGACAUAUGAUCCAACCAUUGAGGAUUCCUACGUAAAGCAGAUCGUUGUGAGCGGCAUCCCAGCAGAUAAGCUGAAUCCCCCUCCUAAACCGCAGGCUUCCUCUGUGCCCAAUGCUCCUCCUCCCCCUCCUCAAGCUCAACGUGUAUCAAAGUCCUUUGGAUUAUUCAAAAGAUCUAAAAAACAAAAAAAAUCAGAGUUCACAGCUCCGAUGAUGAACGCUUGUUGCUCUAUGGGCCCACCGUUGGGUAACUCUUCUUUUCUACAGACUAAGCCUUCACACAGUAAAAGUAAGGGAGCAUCAAAGGUAGCGGCACCAAAGUCCUAUCGCAGAGCGGAUGCAAACGUGAUUCUGCUCUCUCUGGGGUCCCUGGCGAACGACCCAGUCAUCAUGACAGGUGACCCGGUACGCUGCUCCAAAUGCAACAUUCUCUUGUCCCACGUGUCCAGGCUAGAUCCUGUGGAGAAUGAGGAUAAGCGAAAUUGGAUCUGUGAGUUUUGUGGCCAGCAGAAUGAAGGCUUGGAAAUGGUGGAUGAAGAGGUCCCCAAGGAGAACAGUGUUGAUUACUUGUUGGCAGCCGCACCAGAGAAAGCUGCUGAAGGAGAAAAGAAAGAUGAGACAAUCAAGCCCUCAUCCACUCCAGGUCUGGUGCUAUACUGCGUUGACAUGAGUGGAUCCAUGGCAGAGAGAACCCAGCUUCCUGAGCUUCAAGCUGCUUGGAUGGCUCAGCGUGGUCAAAGAAACUCUUCUGUUACCCGUCUGGAGUGUAUGAAGCAAGCUAUCACCAGACAACUUGAUUUCUAUGAGCUGGAUGAAGAAAUAGAGAAGAGGAUUGGACUAGUAACCUUUGAGAGUCAGGUGGUGGCCCGCGGAGAUGGCAGCCAGACCACGAGGAGUGUAUCUGAACCUAUGGCUGACAUGAACGCUCUUAUCCAACAAGGAAAAGACUUGGCAUCCCAUUUCAAUAUCCGCCCUGUCAGUACGGCAGUGGGAGACCUGAAGACCCAGGUAUCAGAUCUGAGGACUGCUGGUUCCACAGCCCUUGGUCCAGCUCUGUGUGUCUGUGUAGGUCUACUGGCAAAGGAACCUGGAUCGGAGAUUGUCCUGUGCACCGAUGGUCAGCCUAAUGUUGGAGUAGGAUCCUUUGGAUACAGCAGCAGGGGAGACAAUCCAGAAGCUAUAUCUUUCUAUAGACAGAUUGGCAACAUCGCGAAGGAGCAGCAGACGACCAUUUCAAUCAUUGGGAUCCAGACCAACCAGAGUCUUCAGAUGGAGCACAUCAGCAACACUGUCUCCAUCACCGGGGGCAAUCUCAACCUCCUAGACCCCCAUGAACUCACCAGACAGAUCCGUCAGCUAGGACAGGAUCCGGUGGUCGCCAACGAUGUCGAGCUCACCCUCGUCCUCCAUCCCACUCUCCAGUUCGACGAGUCGAUGACUGAAGGGGUGAUCCAGGAUGGAAACCGUUUGACACUCAACAUGGGCAAUGUCCAUCAGUCAACAGACCUGACUUUCCGCUUCAAGCUCAAACAAGGGCAGGAUACCACAAAACAGAACAAGCUUCCUUUCCAGGUUGAAAUCCGUUACACUAAGACCGAUGGGCGCCGCUUCCUAAGGACCAUCACUCAAGAGCGUGACACCACGUCCGACAGGUCAACUAUGGAAACUGAGAUGAACCCAACAGUGACUGGUUUGGCUACUGUGCAGGAGGCAGCAAAGAUGGGAGAGAAAGGAGACAAGUCAAAGGCCAGAGGUCACAUGUGGGCCAUGGCAAAGAUGAUGCAACGCUCCAAUGCAUCGCCUGGUAGUACCUCCCUGCAAGAGCAGCGCUCUCGUUCAGAGGGUACUCACCAAUUUCUCAACCAAGCUGCAGAGCUGGAUAGGGUGUAUGAUGAAGACUCGGAUGACGAUGCUGUUGCUGCCACAAGCAACAUGUACAGAAAUGCCAAAGCAGAUAAAUUUCGAUCUGCUGAGGCCAAAACGUCUGGUGACAACAUGAGAAGGAAGAAAGGAAAAGGAUCGGCUUUUUCAAAACAAUAUUACGACUACAAAUAGAUACUUGUCAGACGGGUCAGGAAACUAAAACUCUAGCCAGAUUUACAGGGGGUAUGAGAAUCCUCUCAUGACAAGUAAAUCAACUUGACCAAUCAUCCCCAAAAUUAUUGUUAUACUAUUAGAAAGCAGAGUAUCAUCCUACCCCCAAAUUUGUGAGCCAUUCACAGGGUUCACUGUUGAAACUUGUGAAGAAGAAAUAUUCUUUUAUAUCAAAGCUUGUGUGGAUUUGAGCUCAGAGUAACUCCACGUCUGCUGAAUGUUAUGGAGUGGACUAGUCAUGACUCUUUCUCCAGGUGCUUUCACAUUUUGUUAUAGUGCAAUUUUAGUGUUUCAACCUGCAAUAUAUCUUUAAAAAAGUAACAGUUGUUAUUUGGGUAAAGGUUACCAGCAGGGGAAAUUUUAAAAAAUAUGAUUUGGUCUCCUUUUAAACUUUGUCUUUACUCUAAAUACUAAUUACCGGUAGAGCAUUGAUAUAUAUAUCUUCUUUUCAUUAAAUAAACUAAAUAGUAAUGCUGCCACCUAGGGCAGGACAUGUAAAGUAUCUCUUGUCAGGCUGCCUUUGUUAAAAUGUAAAUUAGAGUGUUUACAUAACUAUACUGUUAUGAAUAUGCAUUUUUUUAUUUGAAUAAUCUGUGUUUGGGUUAAAUAUGUGUUGUUGGAGAUCGUGAAUGGACCAAAUAGACUCAAACUGAUUUUGAAGUCAUAAA